AUGGAACGAACGAGAGACUUGAAAAGUAUUCAAUCAGUUGGGAAGGUGGCUUAUGCCAAUCGUAAUAAUUUCGGCUCAAUUGUCAACCAAUGGUUUCAAGAACGUCCGAGCCUUUUGCUCAUCGUCAGAGGUGGUCCACUCGCGAAUUGCAGCGACUGGCCUCGCCACGAGCUCGUCGAGAAAUUAAAGCUGCUUUUCUACUUUGCAGCAAAAACAGAGGCAGUAGUGCUCGUCUCUGGCGUCAGGUGCGAUAUUGACUCGCAACUUACACGUUUGAACUCGAAGUUUAAACAAACGGUCAAAUUUAUCGGAGUCGUCGAUGAAGGCGAAAACACAAGUUUGGACCCAAAUCUAACCCACACGCUUCUAACCAAGUUUCCGGAUGAUAUUAGAGCGGGCUUAGAGACAUACUGGCAAUGUCCACGUUUUCAAAACCUUCUUGGAAAACAGCCUUCAGAAGACUUGUACAACAAGUUCGCUCACAACCUGAUCCUCUUGGAGAAUAACUUUGAACGACAAAUAGCAAACCUCAAAUUUUCGCCGAUUGAAACUUUCUCGUUGAUUUCUCACAAUGAGUCCAUCUGCGCCGACUUUCUUGAAAACUGCCCUAUCGACGACUACAACGCUAUUUUAGGGUCUACGGAACUUAUUGAACGAGUAGUAUCAGCUUUGCUCAAGGACGAAGUGUUUUUCGUUCGACUCGUCUGCCAGCAAUUUCAGAAUCUGCGCUCGUCGCCCAACAUUUCAAAAACGAUAUACCGCCUGUUCGCAGCGGACGAGGCGGCUAAUCCUGGCCAGUUUAUACAUGAAAGAAUCAGAUUUUGGCUGCUGGAAUAUUUCGCUGGCGUUCAAGGAUUCAAUUUCGACAGAUGUCCUCUCAACAUGGAAAACGACGACUUUUUCCAUACAAUUCUAGUUUGGGCGCUGGUCAACUCAAAGGCUGAAGUUGCUGCUCAUUGUCUUCCCCGUCUGCGGCGGAAUUUACUUCCAAACGCAGCUGUAGCCGCUCACGUGCUAAAAUGUCCUGUUGCGAUGGCGAUUUUAACGGAUUGCUUUGGCAAGCUAUCUAUCAGCGAACACGAGCAAGUGAUGAAUUUUCGAUGCUCUCAAUGGGGCGAUGUGCGACUGAAGAAGCUGCUUUCGCCGCUUCAAAAAUUGGAUAUAAACUCAAUUAUCCAAGAGCACAUUUCGAGUAGGUGGUACGGCGCUCUCAUCCCACUAAGGAAGAAAAGAAAUUACACGUUUUUCAUUAUCUCUUUUUUCUGCCCCCUUAUGGCGAAGUUUUCUGUCAAGAAACAGAACCAAUCAACAUCAAUUUCUGCAUCGACGGGUCAGUUCUUGGCCGUGCCGUUUGUCCAGCACAUUUAUGGAACUCUAUUUUAUCUGGUCAUGCUUGUCCUCUAUUCAAUAGUGCUCUUGCAGAAGUUCUAUUCGUCGCCUCAGCCGGAAGAGUACUUGGUUUACGCGCUGCAAGGGUUGAACUUUGCGCUGGCCGUUUUCACCGUUGUACGCGACUGGCGAAACGCGAAUGAAUUUAUCUGGCACAGGUCACUCGUAAACUUAUCAACUGGAAUCUCCUGGAUUCUCCUUUCUUUUGCCAUUAUUAUGCGAAGCAUUACGAGUAGCGAAACUGAGUCACGAUAUGAUGUUGAACAAUGUGGGAAUUUCACCGAAACAAAUAUUCUCGAUACAGAUGUCCGCUGCAUGAGGACUCAUUCAAUCAUCCCCGUCAUCACAAUUGCUUACCUUUUUUAUGCGCUUAUCUGGAUCUUUUUCACAUUGAAGGUAAUGGCACAAGAACAUCAGCUUCCAGCAUCCUGGCAUAGCGAUAUUUUGAGCAGCUCUUUAGAGGAAAUUCAAGGAAUUAGCCCGCCAUUGGAUGAAACUCAGCAGAAAGAAAUGCAAAAAUUACAGACUAAUAUUUCAAAGAAGUUAAUGUUUGAAAAACUAGAAGAAAAGGUGACAGGCAAAAAUGAAGGAGAUGGUAAAAGGGAGCUCGAUAAAAUGAAUGAGAAGAUAGCCCUACUUCAUGCGAAUUUGGAAGAAAUGCAAGUAUCUCUAGAGGAGUCAAUAUCCUCAGUUGGAGGGAAACCAAUUGUAAAAAUACGAACACCAACACCACUUCCAACACCACCGCCGCCCACUCCCCCACCAGUCAUGGUAACAACUAGUGCUCAAACAGACCCUCUUCCGAAACCGACCCGUGAGGAAUGCUUGGAGCAUAUGAGCCUUGAUGGUUUUCCCAGCGAUUUCGAAAUAUAUGGAAUGACAAGAAGCACUCUAAACAGCCGAAACAGACGAAUUUCAAGAGCAGAAAGCGAGCCAAAAGGUGCAAAAAGAUCAACAGAAAGGAUUACAGGGGAAGUAACAAAAGAGCCGAAGGAACAACAGUCGCCGCCGUUAUUCUGUGUCUGGGGACGCUCAGUGGAAAAUUCCACGGACUCCAAUCGUCUGAUCAAAGACCAUUUCGAAGAGCCCACGAUUAUCCAACGCGUUUCGACAAUACAAAGCCAUAUUACUGCGAUUGUGGAGAAAAGCGCCGCCAAGUGGAGACUCAGUCGAAGCUCGCUGCCCGGUCAAAAACCUAAAUUUCCGGUUCCAGAUGAAAAUCUAAAAUGGGACGCGCCUUGGGAAGAUUACGACCCAGUUGUGAUCGGUUUGCCCCAGAGUAUUCCCAAGAACGCUACUUUGAAUAAAAUCGGACGCACUGGAGGUGUUGGCGUGGGUCGCCUUGACAAACCAGGUGCCAACAAAGUUUCUUAUAUGCUCGUCGUUUCUGGAAGAAGAUUUCUCGCAAGAGGAUGCACUAGUAACGAGCAUCAACUUCCUUUUUGGAUUCAUAAGGAUGGAGAAAAUAAGAUUCAAGACCUCGAGAACUACUUAGAAAGAGUUUCAAAUAUUCUAGUUUCUGUAGUUUUAGUAACAAUCGUUAAAACUUUCGAAGGAAUUAACUUCUUUGUCGCUUCCUCUGACAAUACUAUUGAUAGUAUUUACAACACAGAUCAUGCCUGGCUAGAAGGGGAUUUUCUCAUUGCAACUGUCGAGGAUAUUGAUCCGAAGUGGGAGCUAAAGGAGAAGUUUGAUCUCGUUUGGGCAGAUGCUAAUGUGCUCAGAUACUUCAAUCGUAUGGAACAAAAGAUCAUAAAGUUUAUUCUUCAACAGCGAAAUCUACAAGAGGUCGUUUAUAAUUUGCCCAGCAGAAAAUAA